ACUGAACUGAAUUGAUGCAAUAAGCAGUUUUUAAAGUUGUUUUAAUAAAUUUUAUUAUGAUUUGUAAUAUUUACAUGUAUAUUAAAAAAUCAAAUAGCAAAUGCAUUAAAGUGCGCCCAUAACUUUUUUCAAGAAAUAAGAUUCUACAUGAUUUACUAGGAAUCUCAAGCCUCGAGAAGAAUUGAAUAAAUGGAGAAGGAAACACAAUUAAGAGGGAAAAAUGAUCCUUCGCCACGUUCUGGAAGGAAGGAUGCAUUGGAGAUCAAAGAAACAGUUGUUCUGAAACCAACUCCAGGAAUGUUCGUAAGGAGGUCGAAAGCUUCGUUCAAAGAAAAUUACAAAGCGGUUAAAUUAUUAGGUAAAGGUUCCUUUGGCGAAGUUCUCCUAUGUAUUCAUAGAGUUACAGGUAUCCGCUACGCCAUCAAGGUCAUAUGUAAGAGUUCCAUGAAGAAGAAGGGUGAUCACGAUGCAUUAUUGCGAGAAGUAGACGUUUUAAAAUCUCUAGAUCACCCUAACAUCAUGAAAAUUUUUGAAUUUUUCGAAGAUGAAAAAUAUUACUAUUUUGUUACUGAACUCUACACUGGUGGUGAACUCUUCGAUGAAAUUGUGAGUAGAAAAAGGCUCAACGAAUACGACGCAGCAAGAAUCAUAAAACAAAUAUUAAGUGGAAUCACUUAUAUGCAUAAACAUAACAUAGUUCACCGAGAUUUGAAACCUGAGAAUCUGAUUCUCGAGUCAAAGUCACUCAAUUCAAACAUCCGAAUUAUUGACUUUGGUUUAUCUACAUAUUAUUCCGAAGAUACCAAGUUAACUGAUAAGAUCGGAACGGCAUAUUAUAUUGCUCCAGAGGUUCUCAAAGGAGUAUAUGAUGAAAAGUGCGACGUCUGGUCAAUUGGUGUUAUAUUAUACAUUCUUUUAUCAGGUUACCCUCCUUUUAAUGGGCAGUCUGAAUCUGAGAUUAUUAAGAAAGUUCAGCUGGGAAAAUACUCAUUUGAAAUGUCACAUUGGCAAAAGGUUGCUGAAUCUGCUAAGGAUCUUAUUAAGAAAAUGUUAAUUUAUAACCCAGAAAAGAGAAUUUCUGCAGCUGAGGCUCUGGAGCAUCACUGGAUUACUUUUAUGACCAGGGAGAAGAAUAUUGAUUUGCCAUGCUUGGAAUUUUCUAUUGAUAAUAUGCGUAGUUUCCACUACAAACAAAAGUUUAUCCAGGCUGCGAUGUUAUACAUCGGCUCUAAACUACUAACUCGUGACGAAUGUAAAUCUUUAACUGCAAUAUUUAACUCGAUGGAUAAGAAUGGAGACGGGCAACUAGACCGAUCUGAACUUAUUGAGGGAUACACUCAGUAUCUUAAGUUCAAGGGAAAGGGUAUGGAACUUAUGGAACGUACUCAGAUUGAGGAACAGGUUGACACCAUCCUCCAGGAUAUAGAUUUCGACAACAACGGUUACAUUGAUUACAGUGAGUUUCUGACUGUUGCAAUGGACCGAAGGACUCUCUUUUCUAAGGAAAGACUUGAAAAUGCGUUCAGAUUGUUCGAUUUUGACAAUUCCGGCACCAUUUGUUGCAAUGAGCUUGCCAAGAUGUUUGGAGCUGACGAUGGAGGGAAGGAAUCCUGGCAACAUUUAAUAGGGGAAUUUGAUACUAAUAACGACGGUGUAAUUGAUUUUAAAGAAUUUAAAGCCAUGCUAACUAAAUAUUCUAAGUAAUUAAUGUACUAUAG